UGGCACAAGCUACCUGCCAACGGCCGUGAAGGGCUCGUAUUCCGCAGUCGUCACGUUUACGUCGCUUCGGCUUCACAUAUAGCCAUCCUAGACCCCUUCACAACCGAACAGCGUGUUAUGUGGACUCACCUUAACCGAGCAAAUUGCACUCCUGUCCAGCUCACUGAAUCAAGUAUGACUAAUGCCGACGUCAUUCCGGUGUCUCUGAGCUCUGAUUCCAUUCCUUCCACUGUCACAACUACUUCUAAUGCUGGAAUUCUCGCCACUGCUGCAGACGUCAUCCCACAUCAAGACUCUAGGCCAGUCGCAAUCUCUGGCAGGCGUGCCUCUGUGUCAGGGGAAGCCUCCGCCUCAUUUUCACCCGCAAAGCGCCGGCGAGUCGACGUUGAAGGUGUUCGUCCUCCUACUGCUCGUCUGGUCAGCCAGUUAGCGGCAGUCUCGGUAAUUUUAUUUUUGCAAAAAUUUAAUUAUUUUUAUGAACUUUCAUGUUCAUUGAUUUCAUUGCUAUAG